AUGGAUAAUGCCAUCAUAGACUUAGGAUUAGUGUCUGUUGAAUUGAGAGAAUAUAAAAGGUUCCGUAUUUUACUGAUUGAUAAGCCUUUAGAUCCUAGAUACUGCAAAAAGAAUAAAAGCACUGUGGAUUUUGCUUCUCAGAAUAAUUUCAUUUCAGAUUGCAAGAAGUUUCUUCAAAGUUUCCCUCAACAUACUGAGCCAAUGAUUAAAUUAGAUAAAGAAUUACAACAGUUUAUCAAUAAUUACAUGAUUUUACCAGAAUAUCUUCACAAUACUAGUUUAAAAUUACAAGAGAUUAUCAAAUGGGGAUUUCAGCUUUUCACCAGUGUUCAUACUCCAGUUUUGCAAGAUAAUGAAUUUCUCUCAAUUGAAAUUAAUAGUGCUAUUGAAAAUUAUGUUUUAGAAGCCGUUCAUCACAAAUUAUUCCCAAUUAUAAAACAGAAAUGUUCCUUGGAAGAUCGUUUGCUAUCUACUAAAUUACAACAGUUAUAUUCUUCAAAUCUGUCUGCGGAUCAGCUGGGAGUUAAGCCAGAAUUCUGCUGUCAGACUCCAAAUGCCUUAGUCGAACUGGCAAAUCUGAAUGCAAAAAAUAAUCCUGCGCAGAAGUUAAGAUGCCUGAAGUCGACACUGGAAAUGUUAACGGAAGAUGUAAAAAAUUCAGUCGCUCCUCUCCCCGGAUUUAGUGAUAUUCCGUGCUUAACAUCAGACGAUCUUAUCCCCAUUUUAGUCACAGUACUGGUGCAGUCUAGACCUCAAUAUUUAGAAAGUAAUUUAUAUUAUAUACAGAAUUUCUCAUGGCAGUUGUCGGCUAAUUCAAAAUUAAGUUAUAGUCUGGUGACGUUUCAAGCAGCUAAAGAAUUCAUUAAAAGUUUUGAAGCGUCACAUCUGAAACCUUCGAGUAGCAGAUUAAAGAAAGAGAUGUCACUUGAAGAGUUGAUGGAAGUGACGGUGCAGCUGCAGAAGAAUUACAAGAAAGACAAAGCCGAAUCUCAUAAGAACUCGAAUGCAGUCAGUCCCAUCGACCGUCAACUGGCAAACAUAACCAGGAUGAUAGAGGAGUCGACGAAGGAGUUCCGCCAGCAGACAGAGAACGAAGCCGAGAGGAAGAAUGCGGGGCUUGGGGACUUUUUGAACAAUCUUCAGAACACCACCCUCGGUUUUGGAUAUGGAAAACAAGCUUAAAAACUUAAAGGAUAUGUACAGAAGAAGCUGCAGAUGUGAUAAUUAUAUAAGAUUUAAUAUUAUUAUUAUUAUUAUUAUUAUUUAAAAUAUUGUAGAGUUUGUGUUCAGUGUACUUUAUAUUCCCCCUUUUUUUUUAUAAAUGCUAUAUUUACACUUUCCAAAAAUCCAAAUGUUAAUUAAUAUUCCAAAGAAUAAAAAGUAUUUUUUUUCCUGUAGUUCUCUGUUU